CAUAUUAAAAAAAGUACAAUAAAUAUGAUGGUAUAAAUUGAGAGUAUAAAUGAUAUGAAUAUAUGAUAUGGUAGAGUGAAACUGAAACCCCAUUCCCGUUUGUCCAUUUCUCCUCCAAAUUCCAUUUCAUCGACUGACGCACACAAUACUGAGUAUACGAUAACGAUUCAAGCAGCGAAAAACUGAAAGCCGCCAUUAAAACAGAGCUCUAAAGCUCUUAACCUAACUCUUUUUCCAUCUUUUCAAAGAAUAAAUUAUUCUAUAAUAAGCUUUAAUGGAGGAGAAGCUGUUAAAGGAUUUCAAUUUGCCGCCGAAUCCGCCGGAAGAAGCUCUAUUACGAUGGAGGAAUGCCGUCGGAUUACUCAUUCGUAAUCGCCGCCGUCGAUUCCGCUAUGUUGCUGAUCUUAAAAAACGCUCUCAAGCUGCAAAAACUAUUCAGGAUUUACGUGUUGCAUUGAUGGUACAUAAAGCAGCAAUUUGUUUUAGUGAAGCUGGUAGGAUUGAACAUAAGCUUUCAAAGGAAACUCAAGAAGCAGGUUUUGGUAUUGAAGCUGAUGAAUUGGCAUCAAUUGUUCGUGGCCAUGAUAUAAAAGGCUUAAAUACGCAUGGAGGCAUAGAAGGAAUCCUGGGAAAAGUAUCCACGCAACUCGCAGAUGGGAUCCCAUCAAGUGAUUUGUCUCGAAGACAAAAAAUCUAUGGAGUCAACAGAUAUACAGAGAAGCCUCCUAGAGGAUUUUGGACGUUUGUCUGGGAAGCAUUACAAGACUUGACGUUAAUAAUUCUAAUGGUGUGUGCUGUAGUUUCAGUAGGAAUAGGAAUUGCUACAGAAGGUCUGCCAAGCGGCAUGUAUGAUGGGUUGGGAAUUUUACUAAGUAUAUUUUUGGUUGUCAUGGUAACAGCUGUAAGUGACUAUAAACAGUCAUUGCAAUUUAUAGAUCUGGACAAAGAGAAAAAAAAGGUUUUUGUUCAGGUGACAAGGGAUGGCUAUAGACAAAAAGUAUCCAUAUAUGAUUUAGUAGUUGGAGAUAUCGUAAAUUUGUCUACAGGAGAUAUAGUUCCUGCUGAUGGCAUAUUUGUGUCUGGUUAUAACUUGUUGAUUGAUGAGUCGAGCCUAACAGGGGAGAGUGAGCCACUUCAUAUAGAUCAUGAAAGGCCAUUUCUUCUAGCUGGAACGAAAGUACAGGACGGAUCAGCUAUAAUGCUCGUAGCUGCUGUUGGUAUGAAGACUGAAUGGGGUAAAUUGAUGGAGACCCUGAAUGAGGGGGGGCAUGAUGAGACUCCUUUGCAGGUGAAGCUAAAUGGAGUUGCUACUAUUAUUGGAAAAAUCGGACUAGUGUUUGCAGUACUAACAUUUUUAGUGUUAGCAAUUAGAUUUUUGGUUGAUAAAGCAGUUCAUCAUGAGUUUACGCACUGGUCUUCAGAAGAUGCAUUGAAGUUCUUAGACUACUUUGCCACUGCUGUAACAAUAAUUGUAGUCGCUGUGCCUGAGGGACUUCCAUUAGCAGUAACACUAAGUCUUGCCUUUGCAAUGAAGAAACUGAUGAAUGACAAGGCACUGGUAAGGAAUCUUUCUGCUUGUGAAACUAUGGGUUCUGCCUCUUCUAUCUGCACUGAUAAGACUGGGACACUUACUACGAACCAUAUGAUAGUUCACAAGAUUUGGGUAUCUGGCAAAAAUAUAGAGUUGAAAGGAAAAUAUUUGAAAUCAGAAGUGUCUGAGAGUACUUUGACCAUCCUUUUACAAGUAAUCUUCUUAAAUACUAGUGCUGAAGUGGUGAAGGAUCAAGAUGGAAAGACUUCCAUUUUAGGACAGCCAACGGAAUCAGCAUUGCUUGAACUUGGAUUGCUCCUGGAGAAUGAUUUUAGCGACUUCCGCCAGCGAUACCAGAUCCAAAAUGUGGAGCCUUUCAAUUCUGUUAGAAAGAAAAUGUCUGUUCUUGUGGCUUUACCAGAAGAUGGAAAGCGAGCCUUUUGCAAGGGUGCAUCAGAAAUAGUUUUAGGCUUGUGCAAUAGAAUGAUUGAUUGCAAUGACAAUACUGUUGAUCUUUCUGAAGAGCACUUGAUAUCUAUAUCUAAUGUCAUUGAUGGUUUUGCCAAUGAAGCUUUAAGAACUUUGUGCUUGGCUUUCAGAGACUUGGAUAAUGGAUAUGAUGAAAAUAGAAUUCCUGAAAACGGCUAUACAUUAGUGGCAGUUGUCGGAAUCAAGGAUCCAGUUCGUCCUGGGGUCACAGAUGCAGUUCAGACUUGUUUAGCUGCUGGAAUCAACGUGCGUAUGGUCACAGGUGAUAACAUUAAUACAGCCAAGGCCAUAGCUAGAGAGUGUGGAAUACUGACUGAUGGCCUUGCCAUAGAAGGAUCAGAGAUUCGUAGUAAAACUCCAGAAGAGAUGAAAGGCAGCAUUUCAAGAAUCCAGGUUAUGGCUCGAUCUCUGCCAUCAGACAAGCACAUAGUUGUGAGGAACCUGAGAACACUUGGAGAAGUGGUUGCUGUAACCGGUGAUGGGACCAAUGAUGCACCUGCCUUGCAUGAGUCUGAUAUAGGACUUGCUAUGGGAAUUGCAGGAACAGAGGUUGCAAAGGAAAGUGCAGACAUUAUAAUCAUGGAUGAUAAUUUCACCACCAUUGUGAAUGUAGUCAAAUGGGGGAGAGCUGUUUACGUGAACAUUCAAAAGUUUGUACAGUUCCAAUUGACUGUCAACAUCGUUGCACUAAUGAUCAAUUUUGUUUCUGCCUGCGUUGCUGGAUCUGCUCCAUUGACGGCUGUGCAGUUGUUGUGGGUUAACAUGAUUAUGGAUACGCUUGGUGCCUUAGCCCUGGCUACAGAACCACCUACUGAUGAGCUCAUGAAAAGAACUCCUGUUAAGAGAAAUGCUAAUUUUAUCAGCAAGCCAAUGUGGAGAAAUAUCCUUGGCCACAGUGCAUAUCAGUUCACUGUCCUCGCUGUUCUGACCUUUGAUGGAAAGCGGAUACUUGGACUUAAUGGCUCAGAUAGUCAGGCUGUUCUGAAUACAGUUAUAUUCAACUCUUUUGUGUUCUGCCAGGUGUUCAACGAAAUCAACAGUCGUCAAAUAGAGAAAAUAAAUGUGUUCCACGGCAUGCUCAGCAGCUGGAUAUUCAUUGGCGUGGUGGCUUCCACUGUUGCAUUUCAAGCAGUAAUAGUCGAGUUUUUUGGUACUUUUGCAAGUACUGUACCCUUAAGCUGGCAGCUUUGGUUGAUCAGCAUUCUGAUCGGAGCAAUUGGCGUGCCUCUUGCUGUCAUCCUGAAGUGCAUUCCUGUUGAGCGAAGUACUUCUCUACAACAACACAAUGGGUAUGAUGCCCUGCCUAGUGGUCCAAACCAGGUCUAAAAAUAUUCUGAUGGUGCCAACUCCGAUCUGAAACUUCAGUUUUGCCAAGAAAUCUGUGAGCCAGAAUACUGCCUGAAGUAUCCUCGAAAGUUGCUUCAAUUCCACAUAUUUUCUCGUACGGAUUAACACUCUCACCAAUAACUCAGGUGCUGAUCAUUUUAUAAAAUCGUCUUCAUAAAUACACUGCCAUGAGAGACUCAUGAAAUGAGUUCUUUCAUUUAUCAAUAUAAUUAAUGACUCAACUUUAUAGCACUUCUGAUAUUGGUGUGAGUACAUCAGUACGUGAAAAAAUGUGGAAUGGAAGCAACUUUCGAGGAUAUUUGAAGCAGUUUCUGGGUCAUUUCUUUCUUGGCGAAACGAAGUUAUACAUGAUCCUUGUUGUCUAAUAAGAGUUGGUGCCGCUACAGCCAUUAACGAAAACUGGCAAGGCCAGAAUGCGUUCGUUCCUUCUAACUCUGAGAAACCACCAGGUAAAAACUUAAAUGCGGAUUCUGACACUAAUAAUCUCUUCUAUGUUGCCAUUAAUGCAAGUUUUUGCUAACUGCUGAUCACUUUAGUAUAGACAAAUAAUUAGGUGCAAUGAGUUCAAGCUUGUAUUUGCAAAAACAAUAUGAUUUGGUUAAAUGUUUUUAACAUAUCUUGUUUAGAUAAUUUUAUCUACGUCUUGUUAUAUGAGAUUGCAUCAUUUUUUUGUCGAAGUUAAGAAUAUUGGGUACGAUGAUGAUGAUAUACAUGCAUGUUUGAGAUAUUACAUAAUUACAAUAAAAAAAUGAAGCUUUUUGUUGAUAUGGAGUUA